GCGGAGGCGAAGCCACAAGUGUCAAGACCCCUUGUCUGUGGUUGCACCGGGGCCUGUACCGUGGGGAAUCGUGUGGUGUAGUCUUGGGUGCGGAGGACACGGCCAGGUGUCGCGGGGACGCAAAAUCUCCCUGGAGCCAGUGUCGCCGCGCAGGGCGGCCUGGGAAACUCAGCAGCGCAGUGGCGGCCUUGGACCUCCCAGGGUCUGUUGACUUUCGGGGAUGUAGCUGUGGACUUCCCACAGGAGGAGUGGGAAUGCCUGGACUCUGCUCAGAGGGCUUUGUACAUUGAUGUGAUGCUGGAGAAUUACAGCAACCUGGUCUCAGUGGAGAACUAUUGCAAAUGUGAUCCUGCCCAUCAACAUAUGAAUAAUAAAAAAGAGUUUUCUCAGUGUAAUCAGCCUGACAAAAUGCUCCAUGACCCCUCCAAAGGUGCAGUUUCUAGAACAAGUGAACCUGCAGAAAGCUCUAAAAAUGGUACCUGCAGUAAUCACAGGAAUGCCUCUGUUGACUCAUCGAACCUAGACAGACAUGAAAGCAUGCACAUUGGAGAAGAACCUUGCAAAUCUAAAGACUGUGAGAAAUCUUUAAAUUUGAGUUCCGACAUUAUUCAAGAUCAGAGUCUCCACACUGCAAAGAAAGACAACAGGCAGGAAGAAUAUGAUGAUUAUUUCAGGUCUGCCUACAGUCUUUUGCAACAACCAAUCUUCAUUGGAGAUACACCACACCAGUGUGAGAAAUGUGGGAAAUGCUUCAGUACUGCCUCAAGCCUCACUGUACAUCAGAGAAUUCAUACUGGGAAAAAACCCUAUAAGUGCCACUUUUGUGGCAAAUCAUUUAACCAGUGUGCAAAUCUAAAAACACAUCAAAGACUUCAUACUGGGGAGAAACCUUAUAAAUGCAAAGAAUGUGGAAAGUCAUUUCCUCAGUUGUCAGCACUUAAAAGCCAUCAGAAAAUGCAUACAGGAGAGAAGCCUUACAAAUGUAAGGAAUGUGACAAAUCCUUUGCCCACUGUUCCAGUUUCAGGAGACAUCAGAAAAUCCAUGCUGCUGAUCAACAUUACACUUGUCAAGAAUGUGACAAGGUCUUUCAUCAGCUUUCACAUCUUAAAAACCAUUACAGACUCCACACUGGAGAGAAGCCUUACAAAUGCAAUGACUGUGACAGAUCCUUUACCCACUAUUCAUCAUUUAGAAGACAUGAGAAAACUCAUUCUCUAGAGAAAUUUAAUGAAUGCAAAGAAUGUGGUAAGUCCUUCCUUGAAUUAUCACAUCUUAAAAGACAUUACAGAACUCAUACUGGUGAGAAGCCUUACAAAUGUGAGGUCUGUGACAAAUCCUUUACUGUGAACUCAACUCUUAGAACACAUCAGAAAAUUCAUACAGGAGAGAAACCUUACAAAUGUAGGGAAUGUGACAAAUCCUUUAUCAAGUACUCACAUCUUACAAGACAUCAGAGUGUUCACACUGGAGAGAAACCUUACAGAUGUAAGGAAUGUGACAGAUCUUUUACUGAGUUCUCAACUCUUAGAGAGCAUCAAAAAAUUCAUACUGGAGAGAAACCCUACAAAUGUGGAGAAUGUGAUAAAUCCUUCAUCCAGCGUUCAAAUCUUAGAAUACAUCAGAGAGUUCACACUGGAGAGAGACCUUACAUAUGUAAGGACUGUGGAAAAUCUUUUACUAAGUGCUCAACUCUUCAAGCACAUCAGAAAAUUCAUACUGGAGAGAAACCUUACAAGUGUUUGAAAUGUAACAAAUCCUUUACCCAGGACUCACAUCUUAGAACACAUCACAGAGUUCAUACUGGAGAGAGACCUUACAGUUGUAAAGAGUGUGGCAAAUCUUUUACUAGGCGCUCAUAUGUUAAAGCACAUAUGAAAAUUCAUACUGGAGAGAAACCACACAAGUGCAAAGACUGUGACUUUUCUUUUAUUCAGAUGUCAAAUCUUAAAAGACAUCAAAAAAUUCAUGCUGGAGAGAAACAUACUGUUGUAAAUAAUAAGACAUAGCAUUUUCCGGUACUCUGCUUACAAAUCACAACACUAUACAAAAUAGAGACAUAAAGAUAAGAAACAUUUGGAAGCCUUUAAUGAAGGUUUAAAUUUUAAAAAAUACCUUAGAGUUUAUGUUAAAUUAAAAUUAUGCAAAUGAAACUGUGAGGAAAGUUUUUAUUUUUGUGUGUAUGCUUGCUUUGCUGCAAGUAUGUCUGUGAACUAAAUAUAUGCCUGAUGCAAGCAGAGGGGUCAUCAGAUGUUUUGAAGCUGGAAUUAGGGAACUGAACACCGGUUUUUAAGAAAAUCAGUACUCUUACCCAAUAAGCCAUUUCUUCAGUACCAAGUAAAAAAUGUAAUAAAAACUUGUAUCUUGUUCAACAUCCAAAAAUUCAUAAUAUUGCCAGGCAAUGUGGUAUACCCUUUUAAUCCCAGCACUCAGGAAACAUAAGCAAGAUCUCUGUUAGUUGGAGGACAUUAUCACCACAUAUAUAUUGAGUUCCAGAACAGCCAAGACUACAUAAACCCUGUCUUAAAAUAAAAAACAAUAAGUCAUAUAAAGUAACAAAGUAUAUGACAAAAACCUUUAGCUUUUUUCUUUAAUUGUUCUGUACAUGACAAAAUUCAUAAUUCUGAGAAACCAUAUAAAGGUAUCUCAUGUAUAAUCCUCAUGUCUUGCUGUUCAUUGGAAAUUACACUCCUCAAAUGCAUUGAUUUUUACAAAUUCUUUACAUCUUGCUGAAACUGCAGAGAUAAAAGAAAAUUCAUCAUGAAAGAAAAUGCUCUGAUAAAUUCUUUUAUUCACUCUCAGAAUCUUCAUACUAGAGUCAAACCAUACAAAUAACAAGAAGGUGACUAAAUGCCAUGUUUUUUACCAUGACAUGAAUUCCUCUCCAUUGUGUUGGCUUUAAUUCGGUGUCCCAUUCUUUUAUAGCAUUUGUGUUCUACUGUUGCCUCGUACUGUUUUUUUUUUUUCUGUAACGUGGGUUGCAAAAUGAUAGGUUCCCAUAUAGCUUCUUCAUAGUCAUUUCAUUUUGUUGACUUUCAGCAGCCCAAUCUCUUCCCACCACUGCAGUACAUAUUUGAAAUAUUCACCCCCCAGGAUUCCCAAUCUCUAAUUUCAUAUUACCUAUAUUCUACUCUUCUCUCUCUUCCUGCAUCUCUUCACUAAUGGUCCAUCUCUAGCUCUUGUUCUUACUUAAACACACAAUGCAAAAUGUUUGAAACCGAGAACCACAUAUAAGAGAAAACAUGAUGGUUGAAUUUGGGGACUUAGGUAAUUGUACUCAUGGUAAUUUCCAGUUGCCUACAUUUACAUCUUGAUUUUACACUUACAUUUUUAUUUAUACCUGAGUGAUAUACCAGGUUAUAUCGAUAGGCAUCACAUUUUCAUUUACUAAUAUUUCAGUUCAUGGUAAUCUAGGUUGAUAUCACUUCCUAGAUACACUGAAUAAAACAGUAUUGGAUAUGAUGGGCAGUUGCUCAUUGGAAAGGAUGUAAAGUCUUUGGAAUUCAUGCCCAGGAUAAUUGUUGUGUCUGAGUUUUCUCUGAGAUUAAAUCGUUCCAUCUAGGUGGAAUCUUCUUAAAAUAUAGAGUGUUAAAAGAGAGGUAAAGGAACAGAAUGGGAGGUGUUCAUUCCAUCCGAGAAGUUCCAAAAGCUUAGAAAUAGACAAAAUAGCUUUAGAAAGUCACAGAAACUGGCAAUCUGCUCAAGUACCUUGCCUCAGGCAUAUAUAACCAGUAAGGACUUGUCACUGUCAGACAAGCUGAGCUGCAUAGAAGAUGCUCAGACCAGCCAUCAGGCAGCCACCAGUCAAGCUGUCUGGACUAGACAAGACAAGCUUCCUGGAGGAUGUAGUGAGUGGCUUGAAAGACUUCUAACCUCUUUUGAAUUGUCUACAAGCUGUGCAGUGAUCCUUAGAUUUCAAGGUUCAUUAGCCAUUGCACUCCCAGGAUGAGGCAGCUGUCACACUUGUGUUUUUUUUCUUUCAUUUAUGUAUUUAUUUGAGAACAUAUACACUGAUUAUCAUAGUUGAUUCUCUACUUCCCACUCCCACAGCAGUGUAUAUGACCUUCUUUCCCCAUAUUGAUGUCAAUAUUAGUUAUCAUUUCUAUUCUUUAUGAUGGACAUUGUACCUAGGGCAGCAUGGAGGAUUAAAAGAGUCUUAAUCUGCCUUUCCUGAUAAUUAUAUGACUUUUUUGUUUGUUUUAGUGUCACUUUGGAUUUGUUGUUGGUUUUUUCCCUGUAGUAAUUGGAAUGUAAUUGACCCCUGUAAUCUCAUAGGAGUGCCACUAUUGUGAGAUGUGGGCUUGUUGGGGUGUGUAUGUCCAUUUUUUGAGGAAGUGUAUCACUGUGGGGGCAGGCUUUGAGGUUUCCAAGGUUCAGAAUAAUGACCAGUAUUACAGCUGACUUCCUGUGUUGCCUUCAAGAUGUAGGAUUCUCACCUCCUCCAGCACUAUGUCUGCCUCCAUGCUGCCAUGAUCUCCAUCAUGAUAAUAGACUGAACCUCUGAAGCUUUAAGUAAGCCACCCCAAUUACAUGUUUUUCUUCAAAAGAAUUGCUGUAGUCAUGUUCUCUCUUCACAGAAAUAAAAACCCCAACUAAGGCAGAAUUUCAUACAAGGGACUGGAAUAUUGCUGUAACAGGCCUGACUAUGUAUUUGUUUGGAGUGAUGUGGACUUUGGGACUGAGGAUUAGAAAAGCAGUUGAAUGUUUUAAGUACUGUUUAAUGUGCCAUACUAGUAGGAGCAUGGAAGACAGUAGUGCUUAUUUUGAUUCAAUAACUCUGGGAAUCAAGAGGUUUCAGAGGAUAAGGAUGUUAGUGUGUUGUCUAGAGACUGGUCUUAUGAUAUUUUGGUGAAAAUAGUGGCUGCUUUUGCCCUUGUCCAAAGAGUCUGCCUGAAGCUAAAGUUAAAAUUUUUGGAUUAAUUUUAUUGUCAUAGGAAAUCUAAAAACACCAUAGUUCAGGCUCUGUUGUGUAGUUAUUAGUGGUGACUCUAAAGAAGAUUUAUAAUGAAAAGGAGCAAACUGUGCAGGGUAAAUUACAAAAUGUAAAUCUUGAAGAGAAAGCACUAGUAAGUGGAAUGAAACUAAAUCCUGUGUUCAACGAAGUAAACGGAAUAAGAACUUAAGUAAAGGGAGUGAUGAC